ACGUUGUUCUAUUUCCGGGAAGGACAUCUUUGGGUGGGUCACGGUCUUUUGCAGCACUGUACAUGAUUCAUACUCGAGAAGUAACAUUGCCAUAUAAGUAAGAUCAACCCUUCAAGAUGUCGAGCAGAAAAACUAAAGGAAAGACGACCAAGAAGAGGGCACAGCGUGCUACCUCCAAUGUGUUUGCUAUGUUCGACCAAGCACAGAUUCAAGAGUUCAAGGAGGCUUUUAACAUGAUUGACCAGAACAGAGAUGGAUUCAUCGACAAAGAAGAUUUGCAUGAUAUGUUAGCUUCCUUAGGUAAAAACCCUACUGAUGAUUCUCUUGACGAGAUGAUGAACUUUGCACCAGGACCAAUCAACUUUACCAUGUUUCUGACCAUGUUUGGUGAAAAAUUAAAUGGCACUGAUCCAGAGGAUGUGAUAAAGAAUGCAUUUGCAUGUUUUGAUGAAGAUGCCACUGGAUACAUCAAUGAGGACAGACUUAGAGAACUUUUAACAACAAUGGGAGACCGCUUUACUGAUGAUGAGGUUGAUGAGAUGCUGAGAGAAGCACCAAUAAAGAAGGGGAUGUUCAACUAUGUGGAAUUCACAAGGAUAUUGAAACACGGAAAGAAGGACGAAUGAAAAUCUCAACCUCUUCACUUUGGACAUUUCUUCAUUCUCGCUCUGCAUGUGAACAUGUAGGCGUUGCCGAGACAUUCCAUAUAUGAACAGUUAGCCUUUAUAUAUCGCAUUGUAAUCUCAUGUUUGCUGUCUUUCAACAAUGUUAAGAUGUAAAACGGAACAAAGCUAUGCAUGGCAUUUAUAUAUUUAUGAAGUCAAGGGGACUAGUCUCAUUUUCUCUGUUGGUCUGUUACAUUCAGACACCAAUUAUAUAAAGUUUCAUCAGUUCAUUGACAUUAAAUAGGUGAAAUUUAUAGUCGUACUUAUAUCAGAAAUUGUUGACAAAAAAUAAAUGAGAAGUUAAAAGUCUUUGUUCUGAUACUGAUAUAAAUCUGGGUUAAAAAAUACUUUCAGUUUUAACAGUUAUAAAAGUAUAUCUUUUGAAUUUUACCUGUGCAUGUCAUUUAUCUGAUGAAAGUUUAUCCAAUUGGAUACUUGGUUAGACGGCAUUAUGUGUGUUACCCAUGCUGUUCCUAGACUGAGAAGUCGGUGAAUAAUUUCUCUUCCUUAAGUUUCAAUAAGUUCUACAUUUACAUGUAUGUUAAACUUUAUUUGUUCUUUUUUUUUGUAAUCAGAAACUCUUUUUAAUACAAAGUUUUGAUAUUUUCAAGGUUUCUUGAAAUGUCAUAUCAUCAGCUUCACAUUUUUUUGUAUUACAUUUUCGGGUGGAAGAUGAAAUUUAUGUUUAACAUGUAGAACUAUGUCUAAUGAUAUUUGGUGUGAGGAACAUAGAGUGUGUUAUGUUCAGAAAAAAUACAGUAUUUCACAUUAUAUUUGUAGCAUAUAAUUAAGUUAAUUGUAGAGUGAAAUAGUAGCUAGUAGAGGAUAUACCCAUUAUAACUCCGGUACAAUUUUAUAGAAAUAGUCAUUGUACAAACUAUUAUUACAGUGCAGAGUCUUAUCAAUCUGGACACCAAACAACUAGAAAGAUGGUUUUAUGGACCUAAAUUACAGUUAAUGACAUUUUCUGUGUCAAUAUUCAGGACAUUCCUUAUUCAUUUUUUUUUCUUCGGAAAUUGAAGGUAAUGUACUACCGUGGACAUUAGUACCAUUCAGUAGUAAUCUUUAAGAAAUUUGGCUAUCAUUAUUCAAUUUGUUAAAAGUUAUCCAAUGUUAAUUGCCUUAUUCACUUUUCAAAUCUGUCAGAAAUGAAUGAACUAAAUCACAUAUUUCCAUUUAUAAAAGAUACAUGGUAUUUUACAAGUUUGUGUAUAAGACUUUCAGAGGGAAGAUUCAUACCCUUAGUGUCCAGACUACUGCGAUUAGAAAGUAUUCUAAAGUUUGAAUGUAGGAAAAACUGUUAACUUUUACAGAUGUUAGAGAGGAGCGUACUAGUAGGACUUAGGAAGGAAACUAGUUACUUACAAUGGUAUAAGUUUGAUGUAGAGACAUUCAACAAUGCUUAUCUUGUCAUUCAUUUCAUUUCUAUUCAUCUGAGUUAUAUUAUUUAAAUGAAGUGAAAACAAACUAACUGUAUCAGCAUGUUACAAUUUUGUAUUCCAUUUUGAAUUGCUGCCAGGAUAUGAAGUGUGCGCCAGCUCUAUUGGAGCACAUCAGUGCUAUUUAUCUGGGGUGUUUGAUAUAACAUGUUGUUAUUUUGUUAAUUAAAUUUUGACAAAGUGCUUUCCUUUAAAUUCCGUUUACAAUUUAAAGUGGUUUGAUAAGUGAUACUUUAAACAGAAACAUUCCAAUGUACCAUGGUUGGGUAGACAUGUUCAUCAUACUAUGAUUUAGUCAUCCUGACACCUCCGUUUGGUUGACAUGAACAGCGUACAGGGGCCGGCAUACAGCUAUGACUUGGUCAUCCUGACACCUUAGUUGGGUCAUCCUGACAUCUGAAUACAAAGAUACACCAGAAUGUACAGCAUUGUUAUGUACCUGACAGAUAUGUUUUGAUAUGUCGGAAAUUUUCUCACAAGGUCUUUCAAUUUUUAACAAAUUGCUUUUAUCACUACGUAACAACCUAUUUAUCAUUUGGACCUAAUCUUCACAUGAUAUCCUUGUAACAUCACAAAUCUCUACCACCAUCACUCCUGGUCCAUUUAACAUGUCCUUAAACGUUACUUCUUUGUGUUUGUAAUAAAAACACAUAUUUUGAUUAAGAUAAGAUUAAACAGACACAUAUUGGAAUUUUGUUAUUCCUAGCAGCCUUGUGUAAUCAUGGGGGCUGCAAGUUUAACAAAUUGCCAGAUAAUUUAAACCCCAGUCAACAACUGUUUAUACAGUCCAUUAUUUUUAACGAGACUGCUUAUAUUUUCUAUUCAUUUCCAUCUUGUACCAUCAAAAAUAUUUUAUAAAUACAAUGAAAUCCAUUCUUUUAGCUGGUUUUUCAUUUCAAGAUAUAUGCUAUACAAAAUGUCCUAGGAACCUGUCAAUCCCGUGUAUAGGUUGUAACACUUUUAAACUUCAAUUCAUGUUAAGGCUAAAUUUGCUUAAACUAAUUGCUUGAUUUUGUAAUUCCCUGUACAGAAUGAAAAGAUGGAACUAACCAAAUAAAAAUCUUUUUCGAGUGAAAAGUGAUAAAAAUUCUGAGUUAUUUCAGCUUUUUAAUAUCACAUAAACAGUUAUAUUUGCACUGUUUUAUAACAUUCCACAUAUGUUAAAUGAUGGUUGCUUUGACUAACCUUAACCUAAUUCCAUGUUAAGUGAAUAUCUGUCCAAAACAUGGUGAAUUCUGAUCUAGCUAUAUAUACCCUAUAUAUAUACAAUAUUUAGUUUUAUUAUUGGUGAAUAUUGAGCCAAUGAUUCCAAGAUUAAACGUCUGGGGACCAAGUCAUGAUGCAAUAGCCUGUAUUUAAUUAUACAUUACUUUUUCCAUUUCUGUAACAUUUUGUAAACUUUGAUAAAAGAUGUCAUUGUUAUAUUUUCACUGGUUUGAUAUUUUACAUGGAGUCACUGUAUGAUGUUCUGGUGCGAUUUGUCCUAGCAUUGAUGUGAUAGACAAUACGGAAUUGACAAUGUAAGCAGGAUUCAUUCCAGGAAAAGGACACUUUUUUUUUUGCUAUUGUUAAUAAUAUUCAUGCCAUGGGUUAAAACUUGUACUGAAUAAAGUUUUCCUGUAUACUACUUACAACGGGGACCAAAGUGUAAAUUCCAAAACUCCAUAAUGCAUGGCUGUUAUGUAUAGACAAUAAAAUUUUAUAUAGAUA